GUGUGCGUCACAGUGAAUACUUCCAGCUCUCCUGCUAUCAUUCUGAGUGUAGAAGUCCAGAGGAAAUCAGUAUCUUAAUGCAGGUCAGAGUUUCUCUCAGUGCUGUUGUAACGUUUGUCCUGAAGGUGGCGCUACAGCAAAGACAUUCAGUAACUUUGAAGGGCAUUUUUCAACAUUUCCUGACAUGCUUAAUGAACUAAUCAUUAGUUGCAGCCCUGAUACUGUGAUACUGCCUCUCAGAAUGAAGUGUAAAAUGUCUUCGAGUGAUCAUUUCUCUCCUUCACAAAUCCGUCCCCGGUUUUUCCCAGAAGCCCCCCUUCAUUCCAGGGACACCGACCUCGGCUAAAAGACCACCGCCGACCGACAAAGACAUCAUUCUUCACCCACGGACACGGCUGCAGUGUGAGUCCAUUCGCUCUCGGCCUCAGCAGGUUCUCAUUGAAGUCGUGUUCGCUGCCUUCAGACCUCCUGCUGCUCGGCCAUAAAGAGACAACAGAGUGUGUCCCCUCAGGCGCCAGACAACAGACACGGAGGGACACACAGACAGACUGAGGCCUGUUGAUCAGAGCGAACGCUCCGCCUGAUGAGGAUCAAUCUGAGCCUCAGCGUGUUCAGACUGUUCUGCUCUGGAUCAGAUCUAAUCCUCCAUUUUGGUUUAUGGCUUCUUCUGUACACGUGAUAAGUGACGUUUGCCCGGAGGCGACACUGAACACAGCGUCUGCAGACGUGAGAGAUGAGUGGAAGGCUGCAGAGAGGGCGACUGUGGGUAAUGACAGUGAUUCAUCUGCUGUCGAGUUAACUGUAGCUGAUCGGCUGAUUUAAUCACUUCAUCACAAUCAAUAACUCUUUUGCAGUCUUUCGUCACAGUUCUUAUCUUUGUAUAAACAUGUUCACUGCACUGAAGUCAGUGUGACAAAGAUUUUCCUUCACGUAUUUAUGAGCUUCUCUUCAUUUAUCAUUUGUUUUCCUAAAAGUCCAACAGAUUUCUGGUCCCUCUUCAGUCCUAAUUUCUUCCCAAUUAAAGGAGCAGGUCAAAAUGCUAAAACGACUUUUCUGGAGAAACACUGAAAACACGAAGACGACAAACCAGCAGCUUAAAACUCUGGGAUCAGCUGUGUUCUCAGGCUGAUGAUCAACACGGCGGUUCGUCUCCUCACAGCGAGCUUCACAAUUAACAACUCUGUGUGUGUGUGUGUGUGUGUACUUAGUAUACCUGUGGGAAUAUACAGCCUGAAACCUCCUGCAGCAUAUCGAUGUUCACAUCUCCUUCAUUUGGACGUUUUCUGUUUUGCCCGCAGGAAACAUGGACAAACAAACAUGGAGGAAGCGAAUGUGGUGCAGAAAAGCAGACGGAGUCGGCCCUGCAGGACGGGUCUCUUCUGUUGUGUGGAUGUGGCAGAUGACCUGCAGCGCUGAUCAACCAUCAACCAAUCAACUGGUUGAAGACUGAGAUUUUCCCCGGUGGACUGCUGGGCCCGGCCUCAGAUAAGGUUUGGGGAUCGCCCUCCUCUGUGCCUCCCGCUGCAGGUUUACCAGGCUCUCCAACUGGGAGGAGACCUUGGAGUAGACCUGGAACUCGCUGGAGGGACCACAUCAUGUGGGCUUUGAACACGUUGGGACGCCCUGAAGGAGCUGAAGACAAAGGGAAAAACCAAAAACUGAGGAGCUCGUGAGGAUCAGCAAGACGAGAAGAAAGCCGGAGACGAAAGCAGGAGAACCUACAAAGCUGGACGCAGAGCUGACUCGUGCCGACUGACAGGCGGAUGUCGAGUCUGUAGGUGUGAUGUUUGGAUCCACCAGCAGGUGGCAGCGACUGUCCAGAGCCUGAACUGCAGUGUGGAGGACCGAACCAGACAGCGUCAGCAGACGAACAGACGGCCGAGCAGCUGAACUGUGAGGGAAGACAAACACCAGGCGUCUCCUUUAAGCCAGGCUCAGACUCUAUGACGGUGCGGAGAGGAAAGAAGCUCAGCAUCUCCAUCCAGGAACACAUGGCCAUAGACGUUUGCCCCGGUCCCAUCAGACCCAUCCGACAGAUCUCCGCCUACUUCCCCCGCCUGUCCCCCACCUCCCCGGGCCCCGUCUCCCCGAACCCCGCCGUGUCCCCGAACCCCGCCUCCUCCCCUCUGGCCCUCAGCCCCGCCUCUGUGGCCUCAGGGAUGGGCGGGGCUCAACUCCUGUCGCCUCUGCUGGCCCACGGCAGGCCGGGCGGGGGCGGGUCUUUGUCUCUGACCAGCAGCGUGGACACGUCGGUGGAGAUCAACAGCUCCGACAGUGACGACUGCACUGCUCUGGGGACCCUGGAGUUUGAGCUGAGAUACGAGCAGAGCUCCAGCGAGCUGCACUGCACGGUGCUGCGGGCCAAGGGACUGAAGCCGAUGGACUUCAACGGUUUAGCCGACCCGUACGUCAAGCUGCACCUGCUGCCUGGAGCCUGUAAGGCCAAUAAGCUGAAGACAAAGACGAUUCGUAACUCUCUGAAUCCAGUGUGGAAUGAAACGCUCACUUACGUCGGGAUCACAGAAGAAGACAUGCACAGGAAGACGCUCAGGUUGACUGUGUGUGAUGAGGACAAGUUGACUCAUAAUGAGUUAAUCGGAGAGUCUCGGGUUCCUCUGAAACGUGUGAAACCCAACCAGACGAAACACUUUCACACCUGCUUGGAGCACCCGCCCCCGCUCCCCUCUCCAACUGCCAUGGGUGAAGCCCUCCGAGGAAUAUCCUGCUACUUAAGAGAGUGGGAGAACGAGCAGCUGCACAGCCUAGAGGAGAGAGGUCGUCUUCUUCUGUCGCUGCAGUUUCUGCCUCCGCUCGGUUUGGACGACAGAGACACAGACGGAGGAGGCGGAGGUGGAGGAGCAGGUGGAGGAGCAGGUGAAGGGCGUCGCGGCGGAGGUCUCUGCGUGGGCGUGAAGCGCUGCGCCCACCUGGCAGCCAUGGAUGUCAACGGCUUCUCGGACCCCUACGUCAAAAUAUACCUGAAGCCCGACAUACAGAAGAAAUCCAAGCACAAAACAGCCGUGAUGAAGAAGACCCUCAACCCUGAAUUCAACGAGGAGUUCUUCUAUGAGAUCUCCCUGUCGGAGCUGGCCAACAAGACGCUGGAGGUGACGGUGUGGGACUACGACCUGGGACGCUCCAAUGACUUCAUAGGUGGCGUCUGCCUGAGCUGUCACUCCCAGGGCGACGCCCUCCGUCACUGGACCGACUGCCUGAAGAACAAAGGCAGGAGGGUGGAGCGGUGGCACAUCCUGACCAACGAGCUGCCGCGAACCCUCGGCCACGACUAAACCCACGCUGCAUCCUCAACACGUGUAGACAGUCGCUGUUGGGGAUCACAAGGUUCGCAGGGAUCCUCUGAUUAGUUUUUGGGAUGGACUCAGCUUCUCCGCAGGAAUCAGCAGUUUCUGAGAGGGAGAGUGUAUCACAAUAACAGCCACCGUGACGGGUGGAGAGCAGGGUGAAGCUGGAGCAGCACGGUGGUGUGCCUUCGUUACCGAUCAUCCAGAAGAACAAGAAGCUUGUUGGCUCACACCUGCACUCCCACCAGGUGACCCCAGAGCAGGAGGAAGGGUGGAACUCAUUUGCCAGAAACCACAGCUGCACACAGAUGUUCUCUUGCAUGUUUCGUUCUCCUGCAGUAUUCUGAUUCGUUUUGUAGCUCACACGUCUGAAAAUCGGUUUUGAUGUCAUGACGCCGCCGGUCUGUGCAUGUUCCACUCAGACGUGCGGUUUUUUCGAAGCCCUUUGCAUUCAUUCGACUGACCCCAGUUUGUUGUAGCACCGUCGGCUCCACCUCGGCCUCAGAGCUCAGCAUUUCCUUUAAAACAAACGGCGAGGAGUUUGAAAAAGGUGCUUUGCUUCUAACCAUCUGGAUGACGAAAUAUUAAAUCCACUGCCACACAAUGAAACGAUUUUGGACACAUUUCCCUCCAUAAUGAAGGCGUUAGGUAGAAAUGACUUGUCUCCCGGCUGUUACCACAUCCGUUGGUACAAAUAACACUUUUUAGGCCUUUGAAAUUUCAGGCGACAUGGAUGAAACGUUUUUUCCUCCAACAUUGUGACAUUUUUAGGCUUCAGAACAGCACAAAGUGUUUAAACCUCAACACUGAGAUGUGAUCGCUGUGAGGAGCACAAACUGGGGCUACACAGUCGAUCAGAUAAUUUCAUUUUACACGAUUUUGCAUGCUGUGGUGGAGUGAGUACACAAGUGCAAAUAUGAGGUACUUUACUGGAGUCUUUUCUUUUUCGUGCUACUUUUUGCUUCCAGUUUAUGAGAUACGUUGUGUCAUAAAUUAAACUACCCAACAGUUUAUGUAAGUACACAAGAGACAAUGAAUUAGUGGGCAGACAGAAAAUGAAUGAUCAACUAGUUUGAUAAAGGCUGAGGUCAUUUCUCCUGUAAA